GUAUUAUAUUUUGUGUUAUAGGAGAUAAAAAGACUCAAGGUAGAAGUUUCUUCUCAACAAGAAUAUGAAAAGGCUAAAUCAGAAUGGCGGGAAAAUCUGAUAGAACAGUAUCACAAAACCCUGCUGCAAGUUCCUACAACACCUUUACAACCAAAAAGUGAAAAAUGUAGCUUUAAUGAGAUUUAUAUUAGGCCAAAAAUAACCAGGGAAAUAAAAGGAGAAAAGGGUGAGACAAAGGAGGUGGAGGUUAAAACAAUGUCAGAAAUCUUCACAAAGAACGCAGUCCCCCAAAAAUCUGUAUAUGUUCUAGGAGAGGCAGGGUCAGGAAAAACUAGCUUUUGUAAAUAUCUGGUCAACUGUUGGUGUUUGGCACAUAGUGAGGAACAUGAAGCUGGCAAUGAAAAUGAAGAUGGCAAUGGUAAACCUGAAGGUGACAGUGAAAAACAUGGAGAUGACGAUGAAAAACAUGAAGCUGGCAAUGAAUUUGACAAUGAAAAUGAAGAUGGCAAUGAUAAACCUGAAGGUGACAGUGAAAAACAUGGAGAUGACGAUGAAAAACAUGAAGCUGGCAAUGAAAAUGAAGGUGGCAGUAGUAAAACUGAAGGUGACAGUGAAAAACAGGGAGGUGAUGGUGAAAAACAUGGAGGUGUCAAUGAAAAUGAAGGUGGCAGUAGUAAACCUGAAGGUGACAGUGAAAAGCAUAGAGGUGAUGAUGAAAAAUAUGGAGGGGUCAAUGAAAACGAAGAUGGCAGUAGUAAACCUGAAGGUGACAGUGAAAAAUAUGGAGGUGUUGAUGAAAAAUAUGGAGGGGUCAAUGAAAAUGAAGAUGGCAGUGGUAAACCUGAAGGCGACAGUGAAAAACAUGGAGGUGAUGGUGAAAAACAAGGAGGUGUCAAUGAAAAUGAAGGUGCCAGUAGUAAACCUGAAGGUGACAGUGAAAAACAUGCAGGUGAUGGUGAAAAAGAUGGAGCUGACAAUGAAAAUGAAGGUCGCAGUAGUAAACCUGAAGACGACAGUGAAAAACAUGGAGGUGACAGUGAAAAACAUGGAGGUGAUUAUGAAAAACAUGGAGCUGUCGAUGAAAAUGGCAGUGGUAAACCUGAAUGCGACAGUGAAAAACAUGGAGGUGAUGGUGAAAAACAUGGAGCUGGCAAUGAAAAUGAGGGUGGCAGUAGUAAACCUGAAGGUGACAGUGAAAAACAUGGAGGUGAUGGUGAAAAACAUGAAGCUGGAGGUGUCAAUGACAAUGAAGUUGGCACUGAGAAACAAGGAGGUGAUUUUGAAGAACAUGAAAAAAAGGGAAGUAACAUUGUAAAUGAAAAGGUAAAGGGGACAUAUAGUGGAGACAAUGAACACAAAGAGGGCAGUAAGACACAUGGAGGUGUUCAUGAGAAACGAGGAGAUGAAAAACAUUUGGGUGGCAUUAAGAAAAAUGGAAGUGACAGUGAUGACAUUCAGGAUAACAGUGAUGGCUUAAUACACUCCGAAUCUCACAAUGAUGACUCUGAUGAGAUCUUAACGGACUUUAAAUUUAAUAUUUAUGACUCUGAAUAUGAUAGCAAAAGUUAUGAACUGAAAUUCAAUGGUGUAAAAGAGAUGAAGAAAUUUGAUUUUGUAUUUUACAUCCCUCUUAGACAGUAUGAAAAAAUUGACAAUAUAGAUGAAAUGCUUCAAAAACGUUAUCAAAUGAAAAUGUUACACAUACUUCUUGAAGAAGAAUCCUCUAGAGUUAUGAUUUUGCUUGACGGCUUAGAUGAAUGGUCCUCUGAAAAUGUCCCAGAACAUAGCAUCUUUAAACAGUACACAAUAGUAACUACUUCGCGUCCAUGGAAAUUUCAUACAUUAAGAUCAAGUGAUGUGGAGAUUGAACAGUCGCUGAAUCUGAAAGGGUUUGAUUUUAGAUGUGAAAGGGAAAUGGUAAAUAGGACAGUCUCACAAUUAAAUGUUAGCAGACAUGCUAAUAAAGAAGCUAGAGAUUGUAGGAAAAAAGCUGAAUGA